AUGCUCGGCAAAGAGAUCACAGAAAAUGUGCGUGAGCAGGUCACUGUUCGAUAUCAGAUGCUGCCGACAUGGUACACUCUCUUCGCUCAAUGGGCCUUGGCGGGGCAGCCAAUCCUUCGGCCGCUUUGGUUUCAGGAUGCUGCAGAUUCGGAGGCCUUCCGCCACCAAAACACACACUUCCUGCUGGGGAGCGAUGUGCUCGUGCGGGCAAUUACCAAGCGGGGUGAAGACACUCUGAACGUGUACUUGCCGUCAGGAAGCUGGUUUGAUUUCUGGAGCAUGGAGGCCGCACCGCUUGUGGGAGGCAAGUCGCACUCGGUCAAGGCUGACCCUUCGCACGUGCCUGUAUACGUCAGGGCUGGUGCGAUUCUCCCAAAGAAGAUGAGGCGCCGUCGCAGUUCCCUAGCGAUGGCUUCCGACCCGUACACGAUUGUGGUGUAUGGGGAAAAGGCAGGAGGCCAUGUGUACAUGGAUGAUGGCCAAAGCCACGACUUCAUGCGGGGCCACUUCGUUUACGAUAAGCUCAGCUUCGACGGCCAAGAGCUGGUCUCAGAGCCGGCGCAGACACUGCACAUGGCGGGUGCUGCCAAAGGCGCAGCAGGCAGCUUCAAACAGAGCACCGCGGUGGAGCGGUUGGUCUUCGUGGGGCUCCCAUCCAGCCCGGUGAGUGCAGACAUGGAGGGAAAGGAGACUUUCCAGGCGGAUACGAUUGACGUAAGCCCUUCAAUGCAGACGCUGCAGACACGCAGGUGA